UCGGGCUCACUGCCUGGCUUCGCUGUGCGGCUGCGGCAGCUCGGCCCCGGGCGCUCGGCUUCGCGGCCCCGGCUCCUGCCCGGGCGCGCGCACUUCGCAUGGCGGCUAUCAAGGCGCUGCAGCAGUGGUGCCGGCAGCAGUGCGAGGGCUACCGGGACGUGAACAUCACCAACAUGACCACGUCGUUCCGCGACGGGCUGGCCUUCUGCGCCAUCCUGCACCGCCACCGGCCCGACCUCAUAAACUUCAGCACUCUCAGGAAGGAGAACGUUUAUGAGAACAACAAACUGGCUUUCCAUGUGGCCGAGGAGCAGUUGGGCAUCCCAGCCCUGCUGGAUGCUGAGGACAUGGUGGCCCUGAAGGUGCCCGACCGGCUGAGCAUCCUGACCUAUGUGUCUCAGUACUACAACUAUUUCCACGGACGCUCCCCCAUUGGGGGCAUGGCUGGUGUGAAGAGGCCCCCAUCAGACUCCGAAGAGGAACCGUCUGGGAAGAAGGCCCUGCCCCAGCCGGCCAGGCCCUCGCCCACCCCGGCCCGGGGGCAGCCACUGUCUCCAGUCAGCACAAACCCCACUGUCCAGCAGAAGGAUAGGGGUGCAGAGGGCCACACACUGAAGGCUGGCCAGGCCUCAGCAAGCAGCGCCUGUGGGGUGUGCGGCCAGCACGUGCAUCUCGUGCAGAGGCACCUGGCCGCAGGGACCCUAUACCACCGGAGCUGCUUCAGGUGUAAGCAGUGCUCCAGCACGCUGCAGCCAGGCGCCUACCGGGCCACCGAGGAGCCGGGCGUCUUCAUCUGUUCCAGCCACCACCCCACAGCUGCCUCUGCAAACCCCACAUCACCAGGCCUGGCCCCCAGGGGACCAGGGGCCAUCCCCACAGACUCCCAGCCCCCCAGUGCCCCACGGGAGCCGCAGAAGGUGAAUGGGCAGAGACAUGCAGGAUCAAAGGACAGCCCAGAGGCCUGGGUGCCUGCGGUGAGCCACUCAGCUGCCAAAGGCCGCCUUCCAGCUGCAACAGGCCCUGCGGCCAGCACCCCCGCACACACCCACAUGGGAAACCCCGCCUGGCCCAGGCUCCCAGCAGGCCCUGUGGGUGGCAAAACCGGCACCUGCGUUAACAACAGCUCCCCAGCACGGUGGGCGUCCCCAGCACAGGACACGGCGGCAGUCAGUCCCCAUCCCGCCAUGACCCCGAGUGCCCUGGACCCUCGCCCCACCAUGCCACAAGGCCGGGUGACCCCCCGAGGGGCAGACCCCCAGGUCAAGCUCUGUUGGAGCCCAGCAUCUCCGAGUCCAGCGGCUGCCCCAGCCUGGACUCCGUCGGCCACUAGGACACAGCAGGCCCGGGAGAGGUUCUUCCAGAUGCCUGGAGCUGCCACCAGCCCUGGCCAGGCACCCGCUCCAGCCGGUGUGCCCUCUCGGGACCGCAGCAGGGAGCAGGCGCUGAGCUUCCUGCAGAAGGCCCUCCCGGCGCUUGGGGAAGCUGGUGCUCAGGUGCCUGGCAGGUGGGUGGGGAGUAGGGGCUGCAGGGCGGCCUCUGCCUGGCUGGGUGACGGUGUGCUGUGCUGCCCCCAGCCUCAGUUUCCUCUUUUAGGGAACAGGGAGAAUGAAAUGGGACCCAGAGUGCCUGGUCAGGGGGAGGGGCACAGUCAUUCUGUGAGGCCACCUUUGCCCACUCGGGGACUGCCAUCAGCACGCAGUCCUGUCUGGAGGUCCUCCAGGCUGAGGUCUUGUCGGCAGGUCUGGCCUCCCCAAACCAGGACUGAGGGGCCGCGAGCCAGUCCAUCAGCCAAGCUGUUGCCGUUGGCAUUUCCCCGAGCCCUUAGCCCCCCUGCAAGGACUGAGCUGCCGGCCCCCCUAACUGUGGGUACCAACUCAGGGGCAUCCACGCCACCCCAGGCAGGCAGGAAGAACUCACCCAUGUCCUCAGUGGCUGUCAGGGAAGAUGCUGGCUCCAGGCUGCAGCCGGAGGCCCCACUGGCAAAGGGCCUGAGUGCCAGCCCCCGGGAAGGCCAGGAGGACGGGCCGGCAGGAUGGAGGGCCCGCCUGAAGCCUGUGGAGCAGAAGAGCCCAGCCGAGAGGGCCCUGGGCCUGAAGGAGCCACGGGUCCCCAGAGAGCAGAGGGCAGGCAACACACCCCAGAAGGCCUUGAGAAGCUCUGAAGAGGGCAUCCGCAUCACCCUGACUCCUCUGCAGCCAGACAGGACACUGAGCCCCAGGCCCAGCCCCUCAGCAGCCUCAUCCCCCUCCCCGUCGUGCCACCGCAGGAAGCUGGCCGUCCCUGAUAGCCUGACCAGCUCUGGAGACUGGCUAACACCCAAGCCAUCUGGGCAGGAAGCCCCAGCCCGGAGCUGGGAGGAGAAGCCCCCUGCUCAGGGCAAACCAGGGAGGCCCUUGGGCUCAGCCAGUGUCCCUGCUUCCCCUGGCCAGGCAGCAGCUGCUCCAGUCACGCGGCACCCCGACUUCGUGCCCCCUGAGGAGAUCCAGAGGGAGGUGCAGAACAUCGAGAGGCAGCUGGACUCCCUGGAGCUCCGGGGCGUGGAGCUGGAGAAGCGCCUGCGGGCCGCCGAGGGGGAUGCCUCCGAGGACGCCCUCAUGGUGGACUGGUUCCGGCUCAUCUACGAGAAGCAGCUGCUGCUCCGGCUGGAGUCGGAGCUGAUGUACAGGGCCAGGGACCAGCGCCUGGAGGAGCAGCAGCUGGACAUCGCAGGGGAGCUGCGCCAGCUGAUGGCCAAGCCUGAGGGUCUGAAGUCACCCCAGGACAGGCGGCGGGAGCAGGAGCUGCUGAACCAGUAUGUGAGCACCGUGAACCACCGCAGCGACAUCGUGGACUCCCUGGAUGAGGACCGGCUCAGGGAGCUGGAGGAAGACGAGAUGCUGCAAAACAUGAUCCAGAAUCUGGCCCUACAGAGAAGCAGCGGGGAUGCGAGAAAGAAGCCCAGGUUCCGCCUGCCCAGGAUCUGGUCCCUGAAGAGCAAAGGCGGGCUUCCUGAGUGAGCGGCCUGGCCCGGCUUCAGGACCCUCGCCGUGGCCUCAGCAGGGUGUGCACCGGGAGGGCGGGGCUGCGGGCAGCAGGAACUUGCAGCGCCCUCCCUGUGGGGUCUCAGCAGCCUCAAUAAAGAGACUGACUGCAGA